GAUAUAUAUAUAUAUAUAUAUAUAUAUAAAUAUUUGUUUAUACAAAUAUAUACCCCCCCUCGAAAGUCCACUAAAUAGGCACCUUCUUAAUUACUUCAUUUCGAAAAUGAGAAUCCUCCUUUUCGGUGACGAGAACUUCAGCUUCUGCAACGGCUUUUUAGCCGAACACGAUGACGACAUUGUUGAAGUUUGUAGUUGUUUAAAAGAAAAUGAAUUAAAACAAGAAAGUAAGAAUAACAUUCAGGCACUUAGCAAAAAUGUGAUUAUCCACUAUGGUAUUAACCCAGUUCAGUUAAAGUCUAAAUUUCCUCCGAAUACGUUUGAUGAGUUAUAUUAUAUUUUACCCGGGUUGUCAUUUCACGGACAUCCAGAUUUUAUCGAUCCACAAACAGAGAUGUUUAAGUUACGUUUAAAUUUAUUUUGUUUUAGUUUUUUAAAAAGUAGUAAAAAUAUAAUUAAACCGGAUGGUUAUGUGUAUAUAUUAUUCCCUGAUGAAUCGGCUGCGCGGAUUGCCAGUGCCGUGCCUGUGACUGAGGGAAAGGUCGACGGCACGAAUCAUAAUAAUGACACCGAAAAGAGCAAUCAAAACAAUGACGAAAACGACAAUGCCGAAGGAAACAGUAACCUUAACAGUAAUGAAAACGACGCAGUGGGGGAGGGAGUUGGAGACGCUUCUAACGCUAAGAAGCACGGUCUGCCCUUUCUGCCCAUAGAACCGAAAAAGUUAGCAAGAUUUUGUAACGUCAUGAGGGAAUACAGUAAAGAUUACAAUUUAAACCUUGCCAUGCAUGAGAAUUGGCUACCCGUCCUGUUCAACAUGCCAAUUGUGAACGAACUGCCCGAAUGGGUAAAGACGUGUAAGUACUACUGUUUCAAGAUGACUGAGUUGCCAGUCAAUAAGAAUAAAAAUAGCCGAGGGGGUGGAAACGCAGCUAACAACAAUAUCGAAGCUGCAGGAAACAUGAUCAGUGAACAGAACCAAGACGAUCACAACGAAAAUAAGGAUGAAGAAAGUGGAGACAAAAAAGGGGAGGGAAAAAAUGACGAAGAGAAGAGACAAGAUGGAGAAGAAAACAACGAUAACAAUAACAGUAGUAUUAAUAAUGCCAAUGUGCAGGGUAAUGAAAAUACAGGGAACAACGCAGAAAAUGAGCAAAACAAAGAAAAGGAAGACGACCCUGAUGAAUACAAUGUUCUGAAAAUACCCCCCCAAGUGUUUGAUUACCCCAUUGAAAAACUGGGACAUGUAAAUGAAUGCUUCUUGUUUAAACUCUACUCAGUAAACAGCAAAAGCGUCCUUAUUUCGAGACUAACCCUCAAGUACGAUCCAAGAAUUUCAGGAUGGAAAGGAGACAACAAAAUUAAGAAGGACAUGCUUAACAUGAAUAUGUCCAUGAAUAUGGGAAACCUAAAUAUGAACAACAUGAACAUGAACAAUAUGAACAUGAUGAAAAAUAUGAACAACUUAAUGAAUAUGAAUAAAUUUAAAGGAGGAAAAUACAAAAAUAAACAACCGAAAAAUGACUUCCAACAACAGUAUAAAAAUAACUUAAUGCAAAAUAAUAUGAAUUAUUCAUUAAAUAAAAAGGGAAACAUGAAUCUCCCUCCACCUCCUCCAAAUAAUUUGAGCAUCCAACCGAACAGUGUCAACCUGCCCAAUCAGAAUAUGAAUUAUAAACAGAAUAAUUUUCCAUUUGUUAAUAAUUUUAAAGGAAUGCCAAACAAUUUAUCUCAAAAUGUGCAAAACAGUAUGACCAACAUUCCCAUGAAUGUCAAUCCCAACCUCUCCAACAACAUGAUGAACCCCUACCUCAAUGGUGCCUUCAACAACAACUUCAGGAACAACAUGUACCAGCAAAACAUCCCCAUGCCCCCCCCCAUGGGAAACUUCAACAAAAAAAUGUACCAAGGCCACAACAUGAACAUAAAGAGAAAAAACGACAUGUACAACUGCGACAGUAUGGAGAAGAGCUACGACAACUACAUCAUGAAGGAGAACUACAAAUCAGACGAUGACAACAAUAUGAACAACGUCAAUGCGUGUAACGAUGACUACGACCUAGAUCAGUGCGACUACAAUGAGGGUAACGUAAAGAACAUGCAGAACAAAAAUGCAGAGGAUGCUGAUUAUUACUUCAUGAAACAAAGAUCAAGAGAACAGAACCAUUAUGGUACAUACUAGAAAACUAGCCAUCUACAAUCAAAAUGACAAGUGCAACGGGGAGAGCAGCGCGUUAUUUGUCCACCCAUUGCCGCACCGUCCGCAACGCGUGACUUUUUAACUGCUCACCCAUUCAUCACGUUGCCCAAAUUACACAUAUUUGUAUUGUUAAGAAAGUUUACUGCGGUUUUACGUAUUUAUU